AUAAUAAAGUCCAUUCGUUUAGAAUAUUUCUCGUAGCCAGCCAGCCAGCGAACGAGCCAGCGAGCCAGCCCCCCAUUCUUUCCUGCACAGUUGUUGUCUCUCGCCGCUUCGUUCGUCGGCCAUGGACUCUUGUCCUGGUCGAUGGCCGCUCCGUCGGGCCAUAGGCAUUUCGAGGGACCGCUUGCGAAACGAAGCCAUGAUCUCUCCUCACUCACUGCCUUUACAAAAAGAUGCACUCGGCCAAAUUUAGACCGUCCGGAGGAGAUUCGAGCUUUUGGGCGAUGGGUAACGCUCCUCGACAUGGGCUUUGGGCUCCCGUCGAGACCUGCAGCAACGAAGGGCUCGUUUGACGACUCACUCCAAACCACAAACCUUCAGAUUUGUGGUUCUUGUCAAAUGGAUGCUGGGGCGGGCCUUCCUACACAUUUUCGGCAUUCGUUGGUGUCCCACCCGAAUCCCGGAUACCAUUUCGAAGAGAAAUCGAUGCUGCAAUUGAUUUUCCAUUGCCUGGUGCCCCACCCGAAUCGCGCAUACCAUGUCCAAGAGCCAGAGAACCGGAAAGUCCAACUCAGCGCACAGCACAGCGGAGCUGGUGGCGGCAGCGAUGGACGCGGAUCGAAGCGAACUGGCGCACUGGCGAUCUGCCGCCGAUGCUCAGGACGCAGGACUCAAGGCGGGUCAGUGACGCAGCACAGUUAAGGACGGACAUAUAUUCCAGGCUCGACCUCAGACCAGAAGAUGGACAGGGCAGCAAAGGGAAAGCGCCUGACGCUGUGGCGAGCGCAGCCAGCGUGGUUGGCGACGAAAGAGCACCGUCGGCACGAACGAGAGGAGAAUUUCGCGUGAGCCAUGACGUCCUCAGUGUUGAAUCUGAAGCCUGAGGCGAUAGUCGAUUAUUGAGCUGCGCGAGCUUUCCGGAAAGCUUUCAGACACAUUGCGUGACCGGGCUGUGCGUCAGUGUGAUUGGCCGAUGAUGCAGUUGUCGGAACUCCAAUCCACGUGACAGUUUCCGAUUGGUUUCUGCCCUCGUCACAGCCAUCCGACCCGACGUGGCACCAUCUGAGUGGCUCGGGGCUCGGCCUCCUCACGAAGAAGGACGAAGGAAAAAAUGUUGCAAGGUUUCCUGUUUACUCAUCUCGAUUUUUUCAUGUCGGACCGGAAGGAUUGAGAAAUAGUUCCGUCUUCUGGGAGGGGAUUUUAAUAAGCAAACAGCGCUACGGUAGAAGAUCGAUCGAUCGCACAGACAGAUUCGAUGCAUGAAGAAAACAUGCCGCAACCGGUUCAUGAAUUCUCGGGGCUACUCUUGUGAUGCUAUUGGAGAAGCCCGUCCUGCGUCACGCUGAGAUCCACGUGGCCAAUGAUAGAAAGUACUGCCAUGUACUGUCAUUGCAGUAGUACAAUGUCCAGAGUCUCUCUCUCUCUCUCUGUGUAUGGAACACGAACAAUCCUUCGACAGUGAUUUACUGUAAGAGCAGCGGGAGCAGCAGAAGAGAACCCGUUCAUUUCAGCCGAUCGACCAAUGGGAACCUCGAACGGGAAAGGAAGGAAAGAGAGGCUCAGCAAGAGUUGGACUGGCGGCAGAAAGGGCCUCAUGGCAUCAAGGAAAGGCUCAAGUGGUGACCCUCGGACCCUCGGUCCCUCGGUCGGUCGAUGGACGAAGGAAGGAUAAACAGGAAUGAAAUCGAUCCAGUAGAAGGCAGCACAUGAUCCUCGCCAGAAAGCAAACGGUGUGCGUACUGAUGUGGACUGCUGGCCUCAGCUGGUUUGUGGACAAGUUGGACAUGGUGCAGGAAAAGCUCCUUGAAGAGUAGAGUGAGUGAGGGGCGAGGAGGAGAUUUGUGAACUCGGGGGUGCGGGUUGAGCCGGAGAUUCUCGCUUACGAUGAGGAAUCCCAUUCUGAUAAUCAUCUCUUUGAGUUAGAGCUGAACGAUACAAGGUGAGGAAAGGAACUCAAGCUUCGGGGGAGGGAGGGAGGGAGGGAGAUGUCAAAGUGAACAAUUCGACUCGCGUGAUGUA